UUCACCGAGGGUAUUUCGUAAAGUCAAUUUGUCGGUCAGUUUUUAACAGUCAAGUUAAUUUUCAUCAAUUCCGUCCUAACGUUUUCUGUGAGCGUGCACGUUGGGCUGAUAAGUCCAGUUGAUCACUAGAUUUUUAGGCAGCCACGUGGAGGUUAUUUUCCUCAACUAACAUUCUUUUUAAGCAAAUCCUUUUCUGUUGGUUUUUCACAAUCACUGUUGCAACUAUUGGUAGUCUUUUUGCUUUGAACUUAUUUACCGGUUUCAAAGUCAACGGUCUCAUUCUCAGUUCAGUCAGUGCAACGAUGAUUAGUUUGUGGUAAUAAAAAUUUGGUUGUUCGUGCAGAAUCAGAGGCUUCAGUUGAUCAAGAAAUUACACGUUUAAAGGGCAUUAGAAAGGAGCAGAAAGAAGGAAGUUUCCACAGUGAUCGUCCAAGGAAAGCCGCUCUCAAGCAGAGAGAUUUUAUGAAAGAAAUGUCGCGUACUAAGACUAGUAGCAAGAAUGCAGAAAAGAAGGUAUGGACACAUCCUGUAUGGGACCAUUUGCCAUAUGUAGUAUCAGCUGUUUUUCUUAUUCGCUUCUUUUAUGCUCUUUGGUUUAGGAGAAGAAAAAGUCUGAGAAGAAGGCGAAAGAUAUUUUAAAGAAAGCGGCCAUUCAAGCAACUGAGAAUGAGCUCAGCCAGCAGGCAGCACAGUCGUCACCUGAGGCUGGUGGUGUUAUUGUUGCUGGAACAAUGAUCAAGAGUGAACAGCUGAGUGAUGGUCAUGGCGGUGAUCUUGAUCAUGGCGCAAGUGAUACCUCUAGUGUCAGCAGUGAUGUCAAGCCCACUUCGGACUCUCACCAAGUAGCUACCCUGAAAAAUUUGAAUAUUGAGCAGUCUGUUGCAGCAACUAUUGCUGCCGGGCAAGCCUCAGGUGGUACUGAUCCUGUCUUUCCUGAGCCCAUAUGUGAAGAUAAGAAUGUGAAGUUCAUCAAGAACCAUGAUUCAGAUGAUUCCAGUGACGAAUCUCCAAUGAGAAAGAGAAAGGGUCGCAGCCACAAGAAGUCGAAGAAAAGCAAGAGAUCACGCAAGAGGUCCACAUCUGAUAGUUCCUCGGAGUCUGAAGAUAGAAAGAAGAGGCGUCAUCGAAAGAAAUCGGGAAGGCAUGUUAGUGAUUCAUCCAGCUCGGAUGAUAGUAGCAGCUCCUCAAGCAGCUCUUCUUCAGACAGCUCUGAGUCUUCUAGGAGGAAAAGGAAGUCUAGAGGCAAGAAACGAAGGGUCACAGCCCAAAAGAGGAACUCCAAGAUUUAUGAGCCAUGCAACUACCUGUGCAGUGCUACCACACCAGGCGCGGUUAAGUUGCAAGAACCGUACGAAGUGUAUAUUAAAGAAUCUGAUUUGAACGAUGCACUCAGUAACUCAGGAUCUGUUACUCAGUUUAUCAGACAACUUACCCCUAAAGUGUACACUCAGGAUGCACUUGUCAAUGCUACACCAUUAGGGGAUGAAGUGAAGAGGAAGAAACCAUUGCAGCCCUACUAUUAA